AUGAUGGAUGAUUUGUGUCGCGUACUUGUAUAUAUUCGUGAUCAUAUAAAUGACUACUGUCCAGAUGCUGAUCCAAAUCAAAUAUUUCUUUCUGGUCAUUCAGCUGGUGCACAUCUGGUUAGUUUACUUGUUCUUGAUAAAUCUCAUUUACGACGUCAUGAAUUUCCUUUGUCAAUAAUACGUGGUGUUAUAUCUAUGAGUGGCAUAUAUAGUCUAGCAAAUCCAGUACAUGAUUCAAAAAAUAAUAUACGUAAUUUAAUAUUUCUCAUAUUUUAUUCCAAUAAUUUACUUUAUCCUGAAGGAAAACAAAUGACUGAAUAUUCACCAAUUGAAUAUAUAAAACAAGAUGACGAAAUACCACCAUUUUUAGUUAUGUCUGCACAAUUUGAUAUGGGUUUAGAAAUUGAUGCAAAACGUUUUGUAGAAAAACUUCAAAAUUAUCAACAUUCUGUUGAUUAUGUUACUGUUAAUAGUACACAUGGAACAAUUGCAACUAAAUUUGCAAAAAAUGAUGCACAUAAACAUUUUUUUACAUUCAUUCGUCAGCAUAUGAAUUAUUAA